AUGGAUCAUAGGGCAAAGGACUAUCCAUGUAAUAAUGGUGAUGGAGGUAGUGGCAAUGGAGGUCAGCCUAAUCAGCAUAAUCAGCAGAAUCCUAUAGGCAGAGUCUUCGCAUUGACUUCUUGUCAGGCAGCAACUAAUCCAGGUACUGUUUCUGGAACGCAUGAUGCUUAUGUGUUAUUUGAUACUGGUUCGACUCAUUCUGUGGUGUCUCUAUCAUAUGUUCGUUAUCUUGAUGUCUUACCUUCAUUAUUAUCUCCACAUAUGUCUAGUGCUACCCCUAUGGGGACUUCUGUUAUUAUUUCUGAUAGGUCUCAACCAAAAGGGCAGGUUAAGUUGAUUUCAGCUCUAAAGGCGAAGAAGCUCUUGACUAAGGGUUGUGACGGUUAUCUUGCUUUUGUGAAGGACACAUCCAAGGUUGAGUCUCGUAUAGAGGAUUAUGUAGUUGUGGGUGAAUAUGCAGAUGUGUUUCCCGAUGAGUUACCAGGUUUGCCACCGCAUCGAGAAGUGGAGUUUACUAUUGAACUUGUUCCAGGUGCAGAGCCUAUUUCUUAG